UCAGGUUACAUUCGCGAGCAGAGCGGAGCGCGGGAGAGCGGACGGAGAGCACGGCUGAGGGUUCGGCGCGGGUCAGCGCGUGCUGCUCGGCCCCCCGAGUCUCCUCCAGGGACCACUCGGACCCACCCCCACCCUGCGCCAGCUCCGCCCAGGCGAGGACCCCCCCCCCCCAACACCAGUAUGGACUGCUGCACCGAGAGCGCCUGCUCCAAGCCGGACGAGGACAUCCUAGACAUCCCGCUGGACGAUCCCGGCGCCAACGCCGCCGCUGCCAAAAUCCAGGCGAGUUUCCGGGGCCACAUGGCCCGAAAGAAGAUCAAGAGCAGAGAGAGCGGCCGGAAGGGCCCGGGCUCCGGGGGGCCUGGCGGAGCUGGGGGCGCGCGGGGAGGCGCGGGCAGCGGCCCCAGCGGAGACUAGGCCAGAACUGAGCACUUUCGAAGUUCCCCAGGAGAGAUGGAUGCCGCGACCCCUCCGCAGUGACGCGACCUCCCCGCAGUGUUUGUGACCCUCCCCUUCCCGCCACCCUGCCAGCUUCGGGAGCCGCCCUACGUCCUCAGAGACCCUGGCCCAGGCCGGCUCCGUCGAGGAGUCGCCGAGCCCGUGCCCGUUCCUGUGGUUCUCCACCCCAGUGAGGUCCCGUGCGCCCUCCUUCCCCACCUGGCCCCGGACCUCGCACUCCCCGCUUCUCGUCCCGCCCCCCCGCACCUGCAUGCAGUUUGGCCUCCUCUGCGAUCCCCCGAGUGCACCGCAGAGGGCGCCCUCCCCUCUACGUUGCCCAGGACACGCACUUGAAAAAAAGCCCUUUCGUUCCCCGCACAGCUACAGGGGGCGUCUUUCUUCUCUGUGCCGUUCUCGCCCUCGCCCAGCUCCAGAACUUUGGAUCUGGGGCGAGGAGAGGGGGAGAGAGUUUUUAUGGUGUCUGGUACCCCUUGCUCCGAUGGGAAGGGAAGUCCCUCUUUCACACCCCACCCCUCGCCUGCCUGCCAUCGGCCCUCCGCGCACCCAGGCGCCGCAGAGCCACCCCUCCACCAGCUCUUCUUGUUUUGCGGACGCUGAGCGCGGGGUGGCUCGGUGGGUGGGAGGAGUCCGUUGUGGCCCGGCCCCUGCCCUGCUGGCUCCGCCCCCGACGGGCCCCUGGGGCUGUGGCCGGAAGAUUUUUUUUUUUAAUUUAAUUUUUUUUUUUUUUUAUCUACGAGUGUGCAUGUGACUGUGCUGGGUUGGAAUGUGAACAAUAAACAGGAAUGUCCAAGUGUC